AUGACAACUUUAAUUAUAGAGGAAGCAAAUAGAUUAAGAGCAAAUAUAAAUGAUGCAGAAUUUGCAAAGUUGAUGGAUUUAAACGAUCCACUGAAAUCAUUUAGAUCAGAGUUUUAUAUACCAUUGUUGAAAGAUAUAGCAAAAUGCGAAGAAAAGAAACAAUGCGACCAAGAAGUCAUAUAUCUUUGCGGAAACAGUUUGGGUUUGCAGCCAAAAGAGACACGUAACCAGUUGGACAAGUACUUGAACGAUUGGCAACGCUAUGCCGUCGAGGGACACAUGCGUGGUGACCAUCCAUGGAUUUCGAUCGACGAGCAGGUGCAACAGCUGCUCGCCAACGUGGUGGGUUGUUUGCCAAGCGAGUGUUGUCCCAUGAACACCUUGUCGGUCAACCUUCACAUGAUGAUGGUUCGUUUCUACCGUCCAACCGCCACACGUCACAAAAUUGUCAUUGAACAAGGUGCUUUUCCCAGCGACCUCUAUGUCACUGAGUCGCAACUCCGAUACCAUGGUUUCGAUCCAGAGACAUCGAUCAUUAAAAUAACACCUCGCCACGGCGAGACUACACUCAGACAAGAAGACAUUGAAGACACUAUCAGACGCGAAGGCUCGUCGAUUGCACUCGUCAUGUUGUCUGGCGUACAAUUCUUUACCGGACAAUUCUUUAAUAUUGAAAAGAUUACAAGUUUGGCUCACCAAGUUGGUGCCUAUUGUGGUUGGGAUCUCGCACAUGCCGUCAACAAUGUCGAAUUACGUCUCCACGAUUGGAACGUCGAUUUUGCAUGUUGGUGUAGUUACAAAUACCUAAAUUCUGGCCCCGGAUGUAUCGGAGGUCUCUUUAUCCACGAAAAUCACACCCGCGACAACGCCGGUCUUGGCAAGGACGACGACCCUCGCUUUGUCGGCUGGUUUGGCAACAAGUUGUCCAACCGUUUCCACAAGGAGAUGAUCUUCCAAGCUGAAAAGGGUGCUUUGGGAUACAGAUGCUCCAACCCAUCGGUCGCCGAUGUCACUGCCCUCCGUACAUCACUCGAGAUUGUCAACCGUGCCACAUUACCAGCUCUCCGAGCCAAGGCACGUCUCCUCACAGGGUAUCUUGAAUACCUCCUCCAUCACGAACUCGACACUGACUCUAGCACCGUCAACAUCAUCACUCCAACCGAUCCAGCCCAACGUGGCAGUCAACUCUCCCUUGAAAUCACCGGUGGUGCUGCCAAUGCCUGUCUCCUCAAAUCUCGUCUCUGCAAUUCCGGCGUAGUCUGUGAUGUCAGAGAACCAUCUGUUCUCCGUGUUGCUCCAACCCCUCUUUACAAUUCAUUCUCUGAUGUUUAUAAUUUCGUUCAAAUCCUUAAACAUUCUUUAAAUUAA